AUGGGUAGCACCACCUCAUCAACAACAUCCCACCCCAUAGUGUUCUUGCUCUUGCUUUCACUCAUGAUUUCCCAGAGCUGUUGGCACGUUGAUGGGCGUGGAAUCAAAACUACCAUCUUUCUCAACAACCAACUUCCUCAAGAGUCCGACGUCUUCAAGGUUCACUGCUUCUCCAAAGACAAUGAUCUUGGGUACCAUGAUGUCUCAAAAGAUAAUUCGCCAUUUGCGUGGUCCUUUAGCGAGAACUUUUGGGGUACUACGUUGUUCGCUUGUCACUUUUGGUGGGGUUCCAAAGAUAAAGCUUUUGAUGUAUUUGGAGGUGCUAUCCAUCCAAAAAUAGAUCCAACCAAGAAGUUCCACGCAGGGAAAUACUAUUACUAUGUUAGGUCUGAUGCUUUUUACCUAUCUCAUAAUGGCAAUCCCUCCGAAGCUCGAAAGGUUGUGACUUGGUAA